AGUGUGCCUCCGUGCGGCGGCGGCGGCGGUACGGACCCGGUGGGCGGCGCUGACGGGACGGCAACCACCUCUGACCUGAGGGCAGGACCGGACAGGGCCUGUGCCAGCCCGUCAGUCAACACAGCCGACCGGAGAACGCACGGGCGGAGCGGCGGGACAGGAGCCGCAGACCAGGGGAGGGAGUUUGUGAAUGCGGACCAGCUGAUCAGCUUGACCACGUGAACCAGUGAUCCCGCCUCAAACAACGACGUCAACCGGUCCUGUUAGACAGCAUUCUCGUCUUAUUUUGUGAUCAUGGGGAAGAAAAACUCCAAGCUGAAGCAGGAAACAAUGGACCAGCUGCUCAAUGAGACCUACUUCACGAAAAAGGAAAUACAACACUGGCACAAAGGGUUCAUCAAGGACUACCCUAAUGGCGAACUAGAUGAACAGGGUUUUAUCAAGAUUUAUAAGCAGUUCUUCCCUCACGGCGACCCGACUAAGUUCGCCUCGCUGGUGUUCCGAGUGUUCGACGUGAAUAAGGACGGGUCGAUCGAGUUCCAGGAGUUCAUCAAGGCGCUCAGCGUGACGUCAAGAGGGAACAUGGACGAAAAACUCGAGUGGGCUUUCAAACUGUAUGACGUCGACAACGACGGCUACAUCACCCGGGAAGAGAUGUACAACAUCGUCGGCGCCAUUUACGAAAUGGUGGGUCAGCAGGUCAGCGACGAUGACGAAAACAGCGCCAAGAGCCGCGUCGACAAGAUCUACGAGCUGAUGGACCAGAACGGCGACAACCAGCUGACCUUCGAGGAGUUCAAGGAGGGCAGCAAGACCGACCCUCGGAUAGUGCAGGCGCUCAGCUUUGGGGAGACGCCCUAGCGGCACCCCCGCUUCGGGGAGGGGUCGGAACGGUGACAGUGACUCCCGGCCGACGCACAGUGGACUAUAACCGGUCUGCGCAGUGGACUGUAGCCGGCUGGCGCACAGUGAACUUAAAAAGGUCAAUGGUGAUCAAAACUGUGACCAAUCGACGGCUAACCAUCAUCGAUGACAGCCAGCGGUGAGCAGUUGUGGUGGAUGGUGGCUUGUUCAGCUGAGACUGUCGACUGUCGAGUACAGCUGGCACUGGCUGGUGACCAUUGGUGACUGCUCUGUGAUGCUGACAGAACUGAGGUGAUGAACUGCGAGGACACCUGACCCCUGCGAUGGUGAUCGGUGAUGACUGUCGUGUGGUCAGGCUGGCCGGGUUUGGGAGGGUGGGUCAGACCAGGUGCUCCGCUUUGAGUGACUAACUGUUGUGGGGCUCAGACGUUCGACGUUCCCCAUCAAAGCCACUUCUCUGGCCGGGUGUGGACCUUCAUGUCCCAGGGGAAGCAGCGCACACCGAGACUCAUUCCCUAAUUCAGUCCGAUGAGACUCUGAGUCCAGCUUCAACCAGACCAAAGUAGCUCACUCCCAGAGAGAAAUAGACGUCAGCAAUUCCUCAGAAUCUGCACAGCACACGGCUGCAGGCUCCCGGUCCAACGGAAAUCUUACGUCGAUGACCAGCUGAACCUCUUAGAUACACCACACAACAGCUUCUUCUCCACGAAUGCCCUGUGGCAAGAAUCAUCAGUCAUCACCGACCCAGCUUAUCCCAGCUGAAUCGAGCCUGCAUGACGGAUCCGCCGCACACCAGGGCCACACUACACGGUCGACUGGGAGGCCACCCGGCCACCCCAGCCGACCUGCGUCAUCCCCAGGGCUCCUCCGCUCCCUAGUGACCCGCUCAUAGGUCGGACCGGGUGACCCUCCGGCUCGCGUCACCUACCCCGGUGAGCCGCCUGCCCUGCGCGAUCGAUCACACUGCUGCUGCAAGGUCCGGUGUGUGUCGACCGCCGCGGUCCCAGCGGGCUCAUCCCGCCGGCUCCUCGGCUGGCCAAGUUGGACUGCGUCGCCGCCAUUCAGCUCUGUAUAGCUCCAAUGCACAUGUGCUUUGGACGGCGGCGCCCGUUUAUGAGAUCGCUCUGUACGUUUGGCUCCAGCGGCGCGGAGCGGGCCUCCUCGCAAUGGCACCCGGCGGACGGCCGGGCCAGUCGCUUUGAACUCACUCAACUUCACAGUGCUAUGUUUGUUUUCUCCGUGAAUCGGUAAUGCUUGCUCAGUCGUUCCACUCAGUGAAUUUGAGAUCAGUUUGAUUUCUCUAUUGCGUGCGUGUUACAAAGUUUUAUUGAGCACGACUGACGACACCACUUUUCAAAGCGUAGCGUCUUCUCGCUUCUCGCUUCGGUUUUCCUUAUCCUGUUAUGCAUCGUUUAUGGAAUAGAUGAAUUAAUGAUAAUCUAGGUAUCAUCAGAACAAUCUGAAUCAUAUUGAAGUGUGUCCUCGGCAAGGCGACACCGGGAAUAAGCUAUUGUUGUUAGUGCUUUGUUCCAUAUUUUAUGCUACUGCCAAUCGUCAAUAAAACGUCGGAAAUAAAAUGCGUCGAAGUUA